AUAAAUUAUUCGCAAUAUGUACCCAAAGAAGAAAAGUGUGAGCAUGGUUCUUAAGAGAGAGCAAGAUAAAUUACAUAGACGAGAACAAAUGAAAGUUCUGCUUAUCAAUAAAUUUAGAGUAAAGUACUCCCUUGGAUCAAAGGAUAAGGAAGAAAGAGAUAAAAUUAUUUCAAAGGAAGUUAAUUCUCUUGUUGAUAGUAAAAUUUGUACUGAUAAACAACUUGUGGCAUUGGAUAAGAAGCUCACAGGGCUUUUUGGGACUAGAAAUAAAAUAAGUAAACCACACAGCUCUCAGAACAGCCGUCAUUCGAGAGCAUCAGCAGCUUUAGACCAUACUCAGUCAGCUUUGCCGAAUAUAAAUGCCUUUUCAAAAGCUGAAGCAGGAUUAAUAUCACAUAAAAAUUCAAUGAAGAAGCCUUUACAUUGUAUCAACAGCUCAGCUAAUCUUAAUGGCCAUACUGUAGGGCUUAAUAACGCAGAGGGUGGCCUAAAAGCCCUUGAUGAAUGGGGCAUAAUCAUCAUGGAUGAUGUAAAAAGAUUUGAAAGAGAAGAAAAGCAAAUUUUGGAGAAUAGACGUAAAAUAAAACAAAAAAUUAUGGAUGAUUUAAAUAAACAAGUCAAAGAAAAAGAAGCUCUUAAAUAAGAAGCAAAAGCAAGAAGAGAUUGAUCUCGAGAAAAAGAGACAAAGCAUUUUCCGACAACAAGAAAAGCGAGAGAAGCAAAAUGAAUUGCUCAAAAGAAUGAAAAGAGAUGAAGAACGCAAAAUAAUGGAUACUCAAAUAGCAGAAAUUGAGAAUUAUAAAAAGAUUGAAAUGUAUCAUGAAAAACUACAAGCUGAUCAUGAGAAAGAACAAGCACUUAAAGAGCUUGAAGAAGACCUUGAAAGCCAGAAAAUGAAAAGAAAAGCUUAUAUAGAAGGAUGUCAGAAACAGUACCAAGAGAACCUCCAGUUGAAGGAAUUCAUGAGACAAAAAGAGGCUGAUCUUAAAAGACAAGCUACUUUCAAGCAGCACCAACUUUUUGAUGGAAUGUUUGAACAAAAGAAACACAUAAGUUACGAGCUUGCUGACAGGAAUCAGAAGAAGUAUGACGCUCUCUCACGUAUCCUUAAGCUAGAGAAUGAGAGGAAACAGAGGGCCAGAAAUUACCUAGAGCCCAAGACUGGAGGCACUGAUAUCGAAAAAUAAAACCCAAAAAGAAUCCCAAAAGAGAAAACUUAAACAUCAAGAAGAUGUCAAAGAAACCCUUGACUACUUGAAGGGACAAAUUAGGUAUAAGGAGCAGAAGAAACGGCUUGAAAAGGAUGCGAAGUUCGACACCGGAGUAAGCACAAUGAUGAACGGUCGAAAUAAUUCCCAAAACAUUGUCUUAGAUAAUACAAGCUUAAUGAAGCUAAAAGCUAGAGAAUUCCUUGCCAAAGAAGCUAAAAAGGAGACCCUUCAGACACAAAAAAUUGAGUACAAAAGAGACUUUCGAAACCAAGGUCUAGGUAGGAAGAAAGGCCCAUUCGGAGCUCAAGGAUACCAAGGAAUGACUGAGCAAGAGAGGUUGAUGAAUAAAAAAAGACUUGAUGCAAUUUUGUAAAUGGUUGAAGCAAUAAGUUCAAUAUUAAAAG